AUGGGGAAGAAUCACCGUGACCCUCCACCCGCCGCCUUGGUGAGGCGAUCGCCACCUGGUCGCUGCUACUUCGCCGUCAUGGAGCCUCCUAGUGUCGCUGCCAUCCUCCUCCGUCGCUGCUGCUUCACUUCAUCUUUUGUUCUCCCUCAGUUCGUCGAAGUGCCACCACCACAGUUCGAGAACCUAUCAUCCAGCAGCUAG